UUUGCUGUGUUUGUUUUACAGGCAGAUUCGAAAAACAAAGCAGUAAAUGGCCCCAAGUCAGUAUCCAUGGACUACAGUGGAUGUGGUCAUGGGGAAGAAAAAAGAUCGGAAUUGAACCCACAUCCCCCUGAAAAUGUAACUGAAAAUGAAGAAAGUACGACAGGUAUUGAAGUGGAGAAGUGGACGCAGAGCAAGAAAUCACAUGUAACAGAUCAAGUCAAAGGAGAGGUUAAGGCAAUUGUGACAGAAGGUGAAAAACUGGGAAACUCUGAAGAUGACACGAAAAAAGUCCUACCUGACCCUCAAAAUGUGUUUGCACAAACGGUAAAAAAUGGCAUUAAAAAUGUACACUGCUUACCCACGGAAACGGAUGUGUCUUUUACAAAAUUCAACAUUGGAGAAUUUGGCAAGCUGUCUGAAAACAAUUCCUAUAAACCCCCGAUAGACACUGCAAACCAGAACAAUGCCAUGAGCUCCAUCGCUGCUAACGCAAGCAGCGAUCAUCUUACGGGGAGAAGCGAUGUUUUUGUCUUCCAGAAGCCUGGCUCUGAGUCUUUUCCUGAUCCUGCAGACUUCAACUGCAUGAGUCCUACGAGUACACGCACGGAAAGUGAUCAACCAAAAUCUCUAGAAAAUAUACCAACUUCAGAACCAAUACAUGGAUCUCCAGUUCAACAAACUCUUCUAUCCCUAGUGGCAGAUAGGACAUUAACGCAGGAGCAAGCGGAUGUUAUAGAAGCUUUGGCUCAGCUUUCAAAACCCCCUGCAGAAAAUUCCUCACCAUCAACGUCUGAGAAGGAUGAAGGAAACGAGCAGAUGUCAGCUAGUUUGCUUAACUAUACAGCUUUAAUCUAUUCUCUAACAAAACACCCCGAAGAACCGUUUUUGCAGGGGGAGCCUCAAAGCCUUCACCAUGGUCCAUCUGUAGAAAAGCAAAGUUCAUGCAACACGGUGGUGUUCAAUGGCCAGAAUAACAUUUCCAUGUCACAUAACAGUGCAGCUACUGACCAAGUAUCCCCGAAGCCACAGGAAUAUUCAAAAGCAAAAAAUUCCACAUCUCUUUUUACACCAAAUUCUAGUUCAUCUGAAAUUGACACCAAUAAAAAUGCUGUUCAGAAUAGCAGUAUUCUUGACAGUUGUUCAGAAAAUUUGCAUGAGAAACCAUCAACAAGUGGUGAAUUGGGGUCCUGCAACCAGUUACUGGACAGCAGCAAAAAGUUAGACUCAAAGGAUGAUCCAUCAUCAUGUCAAGAUACAGUUCAUAGUCAAAUAGAGGAAGAUGUUGCUACCCAGUUAACACAACUUGCAUCGGUAAUUGAAUCCAAUUAUAUAAAACCAGAGGAAACAAAUGUUGAAAGUACAUCACCAAACCUUGUGUAUAACGUGCAAAAACACAGUCAGGAGAAGAACACAAUAAAACCGAAACAACGCUCCAGCGUAAAAAAUAACCAUGGCUCAUCAACAAAGCAAAAGAACAAAACCCGGAAAAAGACAAAAUCUGCUCCAUCCAGAGAACGGCGGAAAAAGAAGCCUGCCGUCACAGGUUGUCAAGAAAAUGAUCAGAAAAAGCAGGAAAAGUUGUCAUAUGAGUAUAAUAAGCUACAUGACAUUUGGAUCGCGUCUAAAUUUCAAAGAUUUGGUCAAAUUGGUCCGCGUGAUUUUCCUAUUCGGCUGGGAAAAAUUCCUCCUGUAACCCACGUACGGACAACACUUACUCAAGCAAGUUUAGCAUUGAAACACAAGAAAUUAUUUCCUCCACUGGCCCAGAUAAAAUUUGAGCGAAAUUCUGAAUUAGCACAGGAAGAAGUGAUGAACGUGGAUCCGCUGCAUUCUCACUCCAUAUUCCAUUUACAAACAGAAUCCAACGGGCAGGCGUUUACAGAAGAAGUUUCUCAUUCUCAGGUACAGCCCAUCGUGCAUGUCAGUCAGGAAGCCCAUCCUGUACUCCAGUCCUCCUCUCCCACCAAUCAGUGUGCUAACGUGAUGGCUGACCAUGACCGAACACAGUUCCAGCAGGAUGUGGAAGACCAACUCACGCAUCAGAUGCUGCCAGCAUUGCCUAGCGUCUCUCAUGAGACCCCUUCAUCGGACCCAGGACAAGUGCUCAGGAAUGUAAAUGUAGAACGUUCGGGUGGAAUCACAGUGGUUUCUACCACAAAUGAAGAAGACGUGUUUUUACCUAGUGUUGGCACAUCCGAAGUUUCCCCAAUAGAAAACGCACAUAAUUUUCAUAAUUAUGCCAUGAACUUUUUAACGAAUUCUACAAGAAACCUGGUGUCCACAACGAAAGAUUCUGAAUUGCCAAGCUGCAACUGCCUUGAUCGAGUUAUACAAAAAGAAAAAGGCCCAUAUUAUACGCACCUUGGGGCAGGACCAAAUGUUGCCGCUGUCAGGGAAAUCAUGGAGACUAGGUAUGGGCAAAAAGGAAGUGCAGUAAGAAUAGAAAAAGUAAUAUAUACCGGAAAAGAAGCGAAAAGCUCUCAUGGAUGUCCUGUCGCUAAGUGGGUUUUAAGAAGAAGCAGCGAAGAAGAGAAGGUUCUUUGCUUGGUUCGGCAGCGUACAGGCCACCACUGUCCAACAGCAGUGACGGUGGUGCUGAUCCUGGUAUGGGAUGGCAUUCCCCUUCCCAUGGCGGACAGACUGUAUACGGAGCUUACCCAAAACCUGAGGACGUACAAUGGGCAUCCCACAGACCGAAGAUGCACGCUCAAUGAAAAUCGUACCUGUACAUGUCAAGGAAUUGAUCCUGAGACCUGUGGAGCUUCAUUCUCUUUUGGCUGUUCGUGGAGUAUGUAUUUUAAUGGCUGCAAAUUUGGUAGAAGCCCAAGCCCUAGAAGAUUUAGAAUUGAUCCAAGUUCUCCCUUACAUACCUACUAUGAAAGAAUUACUAAAGGACGUAUUCCAGAAAGAAGAUAUGUGAGACCGGAAGCAAUCUGUCCGGGACACGAGGCCAUGGAAAAAAACCUUGAAGAUAAUUUACAGAGUUUGGCCACACAAUUAGCUCCAAUUUAUAGACAGUAUGCUCCGGUUGCUUACCAGAACCAGAUACAAUUUGAACAUAUUGCCCGAGAAUGUCGGCUUGGCAACAAAGAAGGUCGUCCUUUCUCUGGGGUCACUGCUUGCGUAGACUUCUGUACCCAUGCCCACAGGGACAUUCACAACAUGAAUAAUGGAAGCACUGUGGUUUGUACCUUAACACGAGAAGAUAACCGCUCAUUUGGUAUCAUUCCUCAAGAUGAGCAGCUGCACGUUCUACCCCUUUAUAAAUUAUCAGACACAGAUGAGUUUGGCUCAAGGGAAGGAAUGGAAGCUAAGAUCAGAUCUGGGGCCAUUGAUGUCCUCACACCGUGUCGCAAAAAAAGAACAUGUUUUACUCAGCCCAUUCCUCGUUGUGGGAAGAAAAGAGCAGCGAUGAUGACAGAAGUCUUCACGCGUAAGAUAAAGGCUGUGGAGAAGAAACUCAUUCCUCGAAUCAAGCGGAAGAAUAACUCGACAAUGCACAACAGUAAGGCUUCGUCCCUGUCGCCUUUAGGUUCGGACAACAUUCAAAUGUACUCACUGAUCCCAUCCAUUCCUCACCCAGUGAAAGAGGCACAUUUAUCCCGAGACUUCUCGUCCGCCAACAAUGCUUCGACCUCAACAUCUUUUAAGAACGAUGCCUCGGUUUCGUGCGGGUUUCCAGAAAGAAGUAGUGAUCCCGACUGCACGAUGCCUUCUGGGAGACAGAGUGAUGCUCAUGGUGCUGCUGGGGAAUGCGCUGGAAUCGCACAGCCUGGUGAAGUGAGUCCUCUUCCCACUUGGCCUACUCCCAUGUCCGAUUCCCUGGUUGGUUCUGAGCCUCCCGCUGGUCCAUCUGAGCAGAUACCUUCUAAUGAGCCAAACCAGCAGCCCCCACUCAUCACCUCUGCUCCUGAACUUGCUUCCUCUCUGAUGGAAGAUGAGCAGCAUUCGGAAGCAGAUGAGCCUCCAUCAGAUGACCCCUUAUCCGAUGACCCCCUGUCACCCACUGAGGCGAAAUUGCCCCACAUUGAAGAGUAUUGGUCAGAUAGUGAGCACAUCUUUUUGGAUGCCAGUGUUGGUGGGGUGGCCAUAGCACCCGCUCAUGGCUCUGUUUUAAUUGAGUGUGCCCGGCGAGAGCUUCAUGCUACAACCCCCGUCCAACAUCCAAAUAGGAACCAUCCUACACGUCUCUCUCUUGUCUUCUACCAGCACAAAAACCUAAAUAGGCCCCACCAUGGUUUUGAAAUAAACAAGAUUAAGUACGAGGCUAAAGAACCUAAGAAUAAGAAAAUUAAGGUCUCAGAGCAGAGAGAUCAGGCAGCUAAUGAGGGUCCUGAGCUGUCCCCUGAAGCUAAUGAAUUGAACCAAAUUCCUUCUCGUCAGGCAUUAACAUUAACCCAUGACAAUGUUGUCACCGUGGCCCCUUAUGCUCUCACACACGUUGCAGGGCCCUAUAACCAUUGGGCAUGAAGGCUGUUCUCC